AUGUUUAUUGAAUUUUUAAUAUGGAUUAUAACAUACUAUUUAUUAUUUAGUAACGGUAUAAAAAUUAAUCGAAAUAAUUCAAGUUUUUUAAGGAGCUCAAUUUUUAAAGAUCAUGUAUAUAAAAAUUAUACAAACAAGAUAAGAAAAAAAAAUGUAUUGAAAACUUUACAAAAUGAAGAAAAGUGGAAAUUCCCUAUCCUAAAUGCCCAUCUUGACAGUUAUGAUGAUGAUGAUGAUGAUGAGAAUGAUGAUGAGAAUGAUGAUGAUAAUGAUGAUGAGAAUGAUGAUAAUGAUGAUGAUAAUGAUGAUUGUUGGGAUAAAAAAAAAAAUGAUUAUAAAAAACUUUUAAAUCUAGAAGAACUUGAUGAAUACACUAUUUUAUCACCAAAAUAUAAUAUUAAUAUAUAUAAUGUGUUAGAAAAAAACUAUAACAAAAAAGAUAAAAAUAAUGUAAUAUUAACAAUUAAUAAUUUAAAUUAUGAAAUAGGAAAUAAAAAGUUAAUAAAUAAUUUAAAUUUAACUUUGAAUAAAUCAGAAUGUAUUGGUUUAAUUGGAAACAAUGGGUGUGGAAAAUCGAGCCUUUUAAAUUUAAUUUUUGAAAAUUCAUCAAAUUCUAAUAAACAUAUAAUAAUUAAUAAUAAUGUAAAAAAAGAAAAUUUAAUAAAUAUUACAAAAACUAAUAACCCUAUUUUAUAUGUAGACUCAUUAAUUAAUAAAAAUGAUUUUACUUUUUUUUAUAAUUUUUUAUCAUAUAUGAAAAAAAAAUCAUUAAAAUUAAGCUCUAUGUCUAAUUUAAUAAAAAGUAUGAAUAUUUCUGAUUUUGAAAAGUUGAAUAAAGAAAAUGAAGAAAAUUAUAAUAGUGAAAUAUUUUAUUAUAAAAAUGAUAUAUUUUAUUUUAAACAAAAUAUACAUUUGUUAGGAAAUAAUAACAUUACUGUUUUUGAAAAGGUUUUAAAAUUCUAUCAAAACACAUUAGAAAAAUAUGAUGUUCUAAAUUAUAUUGAAGAAAAUAUUAGUAUGUAUAAAAGUUCAGAUUAUUUAAAGAAAUACAAAAUUGGUGAAAUGAAUGAAGAAAAUAAUAACAACUUAAAAUCAAAAGAUAAAAAAAGUGAUAAAAGAAGUGAUAAAAGAAGUGAUAAAAGAAGUGAUAAAAGAAGUGAUAAACGAAAUGGUAAAAGUCAAAUUUCUGAUGAGGAAGAAGAAUUUUUAAGGUCUAAAUAUUUUGAAUAUGUUUUAAAAUUCUAUAUGACUGAAAAAGAAGACAUUUUUAAAGAUAUAAAUAAUAUAAAAAUGAAUUUAAAUAAAUAUUUAAAUAUUUUAAAUUUAAAAAAUUUUUUACAUGUAAAAUUAUCUGGAUUAAGUAAUGGUUAUAUUAUAAGGGUGUAUUUAUUAUUACUCCUUUUAAGCAAACCUAAAUUACUAUUGAUAGAUGAAAUAAAUAAUAAUAUGGAUAUAUUUAAUAUAUUUUUUAUUAUGAACGUAUUUAAAUAUGCAUUAAAAUAUACAAAUAUUGGAAUUAUUUUAGCUAGUCAUGAUUUUUUUUUAAUAAGUAAAUUAUGCAACCGAAUAUUAGACUAUAAUAAAAUUUCAGGAUAUGAUAUAGAUUUUUAUAAUAUAUCUCUCUUAAAAAAAAUAAAUAAAAAUAAUAAUUACAUAAAAGAUGCUAAAAUUAAUGAUCAUUCUGAUUUAUCCAAUACUAACGAAAAAUCAGGAAAGGCUUAUUCAAAUUUGACUUUUUUUAAAGGGAAUUAUACUCAAUAUCUAAAUAAUAUGAAAAUCUUAUUUAAUAACAGAAAAAAAAAAAAAGAAGAACUCAAAAAAAUUAUAGAUCAAUUAAAUGCUUCUAUAUUAAAAAUAAAAAAAAAUAAUAAAAAAGAAUUUUUAAAAAGUUCAUUAAAAAAAAAAGAAGAAGAAUUAUCCUUAUAUCAAAAUAUUUAUAACACAUUUUUUAACAUGACAUUAAAUUAUCAGCAUAUGUAUUAUAAUUUAAUUUAUAGUAAGAAGAAUGAAAAAAAAGGAGAAAAUAAAUACAUGUCUUUUCCUUCUAAAGAUAAUGUCAAAAAAAAUCAAGAUAAUCAAAAUUCCAAAAUAGAUGAAGACAAACCAUUUGAUUAUCACAAUGAAGAUGGUUUAUUUGAAAAAGAGAAAGAUAAACAUUUUCAAGUCUCAAAUACAAAAUCUACAAUGGAAGAAAAAGAAGAACCAACAAAUGUUGAGGAGAUAGAUGAAAAAACUUUUGUUUAUAACCAAUUGGAUGAUGUAGAUGGAGAAAUGAAUAAAAAUAUUUUAAUAGACAUGUGUAAAAAAAUAAAAAAUAAUGAAUUAAUAAAAACGGGGGAAUUAUAUUCUACACAUAAUCUAACUUUAUAUGAAUUUCGGAAUUUUUCGUUAUACUACUUGGGCAAUCAAAAUUAUGAUAAUGACCAUUAUGAUAAUGACCAUUAUGAUAAUGACCAUUUUGGAAUAAAGAAAGAACGAAAAAAAUACAUAUUUAAAGAUUUAAACUUAAAUAUUAAUAGUAAUGAAAAUGUGUUAUUACUAGGAAAAAAUGGAAUAGGCAAAUCAACACUUUUUAAAAUAUUGACCAAUAAAUAUAGAUUUAUAAUGAAUGAUGAAAAUGAAAAUAAAAGUAUUAACAAAAAAAAAAGCAUGUAUGUAUAUGGAGAUAAUAAUUAUGAUGAGACAGAAAAAAAUGAUACAUUAUUUAAUUAUGAAAUAGAUAAAAAUAUAAGAUUUGAAGGGAAUAUUAAUUGUAAUUUUAAUAAUGUGUUAUUAACUUAUUUUGAGCAAAAUAUGAUAAAAAAACUAAAUUUAGAUAUUGAUGAUUAUUUUAAAUAUUUAAUUGAAAAAGUAAAAUAUCAACCAAUAAAUUUUUUAGAAAAUUCAGAUUUUGAUCAUACUACUUUUGAUCAAGAUGUAUUCUUUUAUUACAUUUUAAAUAAAACAAAACCAGAUUAUAAUGAUAAUAUUAAUAUUAAUAUAGAUGAUAAAAUAAAAUCUUUGUUAAAAAUUUUUUAUAUUGAUAGUGAAACAUCAAUUACUGAAAAAAGUGGUGGAGAAAAAGUUCGUAUUUUAUUUCUUUCAUUAUUUUUAAAAAAAUCAAAUUUAUUGUUAUUAGAUGAAAUAAAUAAUAAUCUAGAUAUUUAUUUAAAAAAUCUUUUAUUAAAUUUUUUAAAUUAUAUAUAUCAAGGAAGUUAUAUAUUAACAACUCAUGAUUUUUAUAUAAUCAAUAAUCUAAAUAAUAUAAAUAAAAUUAUAUACAUAUUUGAUUAUCAAAAUGUUUUUACUUUUUAUAAUGUCAAUGAUUUUAUCAAAAAUUUUUAUAGUUUUAUUUUAAACUCUUUUAGUGCGUUUAAAAAUGUGGGAACCAAUAAUUUGGGUAAUAAUAACAAAGAGGAUGAUAUGAAUACGAAUUAUGCUACCUCUCAUAGUUAUAAUUCGAAAAUAAAAAAUAAUAUGGAAAAAAUCAACUAUAGUAAUGAAUUGAAAGUAGAUAAUACAUCAGAUAUAAAUACAUUAAUAAAUAAUUUUAAUAAAAUUGACCAAAAAAGUGAAGAAAAACUGAAUCAAGAAAAUUAUGGAAAAGAACUUUAUGAUAGUUAUGAUUUGAAAAUUUUAGAAUUUUUAAAAAAUCAACUAAAAAAAGACAAGAGUGAAAGAAAAAGUUUUGAAGAAAUAAAUCCACUAGAAGAAGAAAUUUUUGAAAAAAAAAAAAUCAAUAAAAAAAAUUUUGGUGGAAAAGGAUUAUCAGGAAAAGUAAAAAUAAAAAAUUGGAAAAGAUGGAAAAAGUAA